CACGCGCAAUGGGGGAUGCUUUUUGUAUAUUUCUCUUUUCUAUGUAAACGUUAGAACAACUUUGAGGAAGUAUGUGAUCGAGGGCAUCGACUGCUCGAACGAAUUGUGAAAAUAUCUACCGAAGAUUUCUGUGAGGUAGUUCAGUGCACCGUUAAGUCAUUGAGUUCGUGUAAGAUUGGAAUUACAAGUACAAGUAGCGAUCGAUAUGGCUGUACUAUGUUCACCGGGCUACGUGAUACGAAACCAACGCAACGUUUAACGCCGAAGAACAAAGCCGCCGCUGCUAAUCGAACGAAAGGCGAAUUAAAAGCAUCUUCGAGCAUUCUUCAAAGACGAGUUGCGUUUCGAGCCUCGGAGAACCACAGACGCAGAAGCGGCAGACUUUUGAACAACUCCAGUCGGAACAACGAGACGAAAGGCGUAAAUUCCAAGCAUAAAACAGUAAACAACGAAGAGAGGACUUCGUCGAAAAAUUCUACGAGCAAGAAAUUGUCACCGAAUGCCACCAGUUGCCCGAACGAAACCAGGCAAGAAUCUAACGACGAACAGGAAGAUCUAUACAAGAAGCUGCACGACGGUAGUUAUACCUGCGACAUUUGUCAGACGACGUUCGAACAAAAGAGAAAGAUUCUCCGUCACAUCGCCAGCAAGCACAGCUUUCAUCGGCCGUUCAAAUGUUCCACGUGCGACAAGACCUUCUUGUACAAAUGCGACUUGAAGGCUCAUCGUUCGAUCCACCAGGACGUCGACUCGAGUUUGCUCCACUGCUGCGACAAAUGCGGCUACCGGACGAAGGCGAAGAGCAACCUCAAGUCCCAUUACAUCAGACGGCACACCGACGACUACAAGUUCGCCUGCGAGCACUGCGGCAAGCGUUUCAAGAUGGAGUGGGACCUGAAGUUCCACGUCGGGACUCACGGCAGCUCGCAGCACAUGUGCGAUAUCUGCGGCAAGUUCUACACGAGCAGCUACUCCCUGUACAAGCACCGAAAGGUGGUGCAUUUGAACGAGUACAAGUUCCAGUGCGGCGUUUGCAACAAGCGGCUGUUGACGCAGGAGAACCUGGACAGCCACAUGCAACAGCACAGCCGAACGUACGAGUGCACAGAGUGCGGGAAGGUGUUCGCCUCGAAGAGGUAUCUGGCCACUCACACGACCACGCACACGGGCGUGAAACCUUAUGCCUGUCACGUUUGCGAGAAGAACUUUCGUACGUCCCACAUGAAGAACAUGCAUCUGUUGACGCAUUCAGCGGAGAGGCCGCACGUCUGCGACCUCUGUGGACAUUCCUUCAAGAGGAGGACUUACAUGAUUGAGCACAGGAGGAAACAUCCCGACGCUCAUUUGUCCUCGCCACCUGUGCCACUUGGCAGGAAGAGCGUCAGCGAACUGACGGUGUGAUCGAGAUUCCAAACAGAGAUUUCUUUGCGAUGUUAUCGUGUGUGUUUGACAAGUGACGACUUGACUGCGGAUUUUUUAUGCAUUUAUACGAGAUGAGAGUCAAUCGAAGUUUCUAUCCUCGUUACUUACUCGUGGCGAGUAUGUAAGGAUUCAAGCACUGAAGCUACAAAAGUUCACUGUGCAAAACUGUGCGUGAUAUUCAAUGUGUACGUUCGACAGGGAGAAAAGAAAAAUGCAAAACUAUAGAAACAUGAAUUUGCAUAAACAUCGGCAGUCCAUUGAUAAUAUUCAUAAUGACUUUGAUAAACACAUUUGUUUAGACUUUCGUACUUACCUCCGAAUGCUUCGACAGUGCGUGUUUUCCUGAUGAAAAUACCUUGUGCCAUUUUAAUUUAUAUUUGUACGGAGAAACAGUGUAAAUCGAUCCGAGAUCGAAUCGUAAUCGUGUGAUUGUAAUCGAGAGAAAAAGUAACGUAAUGUUUUACGAUACAAAUGAAAAACAAUUAAUAUUAAGCGUGUAGAAGACUGUAAAACAGCUUAUACAUAGAGAACGAAGACGCGAGUAAAUAUUUUCAAGAACGCUGCCGAUGUUUCCGAAAAUAUUUACUCACCUGCUUUAACCUACAAAUAUUCUCGUGUAAUUAUUUUUAUAUUUAUCCCACCUUCGUACGUUUGACGUUUCGCGUUUCUUUCCCAACGGUCUCUCUAAUUUUUAUACAAUCUCGUAAUGCGCAUUCGAACAAUCUAACACGAAGAUAUCAAUAAAGGCAAUCGUAGUGAGAAAUU